AUGAGUUCUUCGCGGGGCCACGAAGAAGAGGUGAUCGUUCGCAGCAGUACACCUGCAUCUUCCGAUCCAAACGCCGAUAAUUUGCGACAAUUCACUCGCUCUCCACAUCCAUACCAUCGCAGCAGAAACCCCAUAUCGCGAACUCCCUCCGAACAGGGCGACCUGCUCCGGCCCCCAUCUUACUCCAAAUCAUCACGGACACCGAGCGACAGCGGCACGGAGGCAGACGAUGAGAGUACGGGUAUAUUAAGAGGUCUACCAGCGCCGCCGAUCAGACCUAGAAAGGGUCUGCGCUCUGGCGCGAAUGGCGCCCUCGAUGGUGAUGCGUGGCUGCCUCAUCUCCAACCAUGGCCGUCAAUUGUACGGCAAGUGUCGCGCGGUUCGCGGAGGAGUUCUGAGGAGGACGCUGAAGAGGAGGCGCUCGAGGCACAACGGAUGAAACAGCAAAGACGGGUCGAGGUAUUGCGGCGACUGAUGGAGACCGCACUGCUCUUAUCAGUGGGCGUGGUUGUCUUGCUGCCAAAAGAGACACGUUCACUAGCCUGGGUGUGGAAGAAAGAACUAUUCACCUAUGCUGUUUUAAUAAUAGGCCUUUACGGCUCUUACCCUUUCCUCCUCCGCAUCUCGAAUCGCAGACGAUGGCACGGAUGGUCUUCGAAACGCGCCUUUUUCUCUAUACCAACGAGCUUCGAUCCAGCGCCACUCCUGUACCCACCUCUUAUUCCGAUCUUUGUUGCGUUGUCUCUCACAAACCACCGCCCAGCGCUGAUCAUGCCGAAUAUCAUCCUCGGUCUGGCCUCUCUUCCGGCGCCGGUGAUACCUUUGCACGGCUGGAUCAAUGGUCUCAGCAUACCCCACUGGAUCGUCGCUGUGGUCCCAGUCCUCGUAUCCGAACACUUCUCCCUCGACAACACCAUCCCCAAGCCGCUCAUCCUCCGUGGACAUGAAGCGGAAUCGUUGCUUCUUCUAUUUCCUUUGCAUCAAGCGUUGAUACCCACAUUAGACUUUUUGUUGACGACAAGCCUUCUCCCCGCCGAGCUACAGCUUUUGACGACAGCUCUUAUCAAUUUAUAUUUGUUCGCGGCCUCCCCCCCAAGCAGAGAUCCUGAAGGCCCUAUUAUGGCUCGGUGGAAUGUCUGGAAGUUCCGUCGCUCGCUCAGGGACUCGCAAUCACCACGGAAAUUGCUCAAUUUAAUGGACCACCGACUUUGCCAGAGACUCAGCGGGACCGCGUUCUCUGACGAACCCUCAUCGGAUAGCGACGGGCCUGGCAGUGUACGCAGGCUACGGACAGUGAAGACGACACGAGAUAUCCGUGAAUCAAUUCCACAACUACCAGCACCCAGUUCAGCGAUCGAUAACAUCAGUGCGGAAGAGGCCUUCGAGCGGCACGGUCGCACGGGACGCGCACGUCGCCAUACGAUCUCGACCUUUGAAGAUGUGAUUCAAGAAGAGCGGGUCCGCACUACCCCGGGCGGCCGACGCAAGAAGCUCAUGGGCCCCGGUCUUACCUCAUUCUUAUCAUUGACUGCAGCCCAGGCGCAGGUCCGCAAGUGGCUCUACGCCAGUUAUGUCUACGUUGUAUCAGUGGCGAUCAUCAUGGGACCCAUUCGGAAAUAUGUGGCCGAGCGAGCUCUACAGGGACAAGAUCCAUUCGGAUGGGCGAUUGGUUACCUGCUGGGGAAUAUAUCCAGCGUUCGUUUCUGGGUACUCAUGUUGAACUUGGAAUACUGGAUCCAGCUGCCACCUCGACCCGAAGCCGUGAUGGAGACAGCCUCCUGCUGGCUCGGAUGGGUUGAGCAUCUCCGACAGACGACAUUUGGCCCGGCCAAUACUCGCCUUCUCCUCAUGGCGUACUGCUUAUGUGUGAUAGUGCUGGGACUGGCGGUGGUUUUCCAGCUGAGCGCCGUGGCCGAAGUCGAUACUCGACGAAAGGUCUUCCACGGGAUGAUGGUGCUGAUGUUUUUGCCUACAGUGUUUGUGGACCCAGCCUUUUGUGCCCUGGCCCUUGUGCUGGUCCUAUCGAUCUUCCUUUUGCUGGAUCUAUUCCGAGCAUCCCAAUUGCCUCCGAUCUCCCGGCCAUUGACUUAUUUCCUCGCCCCUUACGUGGACGGUCGGGAUCACCGUGGCCCGGUCAUCGUCUCGCAUGUUUUCCUUCUCAUCGGAUGUUCAAUCCCGCUCUGGCUGUCGCUGGCUGAUCUCACGAGGGCAGGAGAAGGUGCCUGGGUCGGGUGGGAAGUGCCGACGCGAGACGUCAGCAUGGUCAGCGGGGUGAUCUGCGUGGGGAUGGGCGACGCGGCGGCGUCGCUGGUGGGGCGUCGGUACGGGCGGCUGAAAUGGUUCUGGGGGGGGUGGCAAGUCGCUGGAGGGGAGUGUGGCCUUUGCAGUAGCGGUAUCGGUGGGAUUGCUGGCGGUUCGUGCCUGGCUGAUGGUGGGCGGCUGGCCGAUGGCGGGGGCCGAAUCAGCCUCGGAGUCGGCGUCCACGGGCUGGUCUUGCGCGGAGUGGGUGUGGAUAGGCUGCAAGGCAGUGUUAGCGGCUUGCGGAACUAG